CCCGCCCUCAACAAUUUCUAAUCCGCUUGGCUUGUCUUACCUUCCCUUCCUCGGGACAAUCUUAUAUGCCUACCUUAUGUCCUGUACACAUAUAUAUACUGCUGCUCCCCAAUCGCAUCUCAUGAGAUAAAACAUCAUCUAAUUCUAGAAGACUGAAAAACACCCGACGGAAGAAGACAUCUACAAGCUCUUCCCUACCUAUUGAGCUCUAUCGUCUAUUAUCACAGCACCCUACAGCUGUUCUAUAUCUCCUCUCCAUCCCUCCGCUUUGCGCUCACAGCACACCGUGAUCUCACCGUCAAUUCCUCAACCCAGCGCGCCCAUCUGAAAUGUCCAGAGUCACUCCUCCAGUUAACAAAGCCAGCUAUGCGGCGCGCAGCAUAGUGCGCAGCAUGAGCUCGAGUUCCAGCGCGGCUCGCCAAUCUGCCCUUGUCGAUCGCCAACGACCAUCGGGGUCGAAUGGCAGCAAACAAGAGCUUGCCGACCGCCUUGAGAAUGACUCGCGCGCUUUCCACACUGUUCGACGACCCAGCCCUCAAAUCCCCAAGACCAUUCCCCUGAUGCAAGGUUUCCGGACCUCGAGCCCGAAGCCAGCGGCUCAUGAUUCCUCCACCAUCGACUUCGUCUUCUUCCCCGAGGUCCCGGAAGCUCCCCCCGCAAACCCCUUCGCCAGACUCCGCGUGCCUCUGCUCCCGGAUAAUUACAACCCCGACCGCUCCGCCAACUCGGCCCAUAUGGUCGAGACCCUCGACCCGGCUGUCCCCAGCCCAGAGAUCCACAUCGUUGCGUCACAUCCGCACAACGUCCCUGUGGUUGCCCCGAUGAGUGAGGUUGUGGGCAACGAUGCCAUUGAGCUCGAUAUUGCGCGGCUGGCAGCAGGCUUCUCAAGUUCCAAAGCGUCCAAGGAGCCAAGCGUUCUGAAAGAGGUAUUGGGUGGCCUCGUCGAUGACAUAUUCGGGACGAAAAAAUCACCUAAAGUUGCCAUGUAA